AUGUCCAAACCAGACGACACAUUCAUCGAAUACCAAGACAACAACAAAAAGGCAGACCUCUCCGAACAAGAUGCAAUAUAUCAAGCAUACGCAUCCAAGAGCAAGGAAUGGCAUCAGAAGAUGACCAGACAGCUCCUCCGCAAGGUGGACUUUCAUCUACUCCCGUUUCUCAUCGUCAUGUAUCUUUUGAAUUUUUUGGAUCGGAACAAUCUAUCCCAAGCCCGCCUUGGCUCUCUGGAAGAAGACCUCGGAAUGAAAGGUACCGACUACAAUCUGGCCACUAGUAUUCUCUUUGUUGGGUAUCUUCUCAUGCAACUCCCGUCGAAUCUUAUGAUGACGCGAGUUCGUCCUUCGUUGUUCCUGGGGAUUGCGAUGGCUAUUUGGGGCGCUAUAUCUGCGUGUCAAGCUGCUGCAACCUCGUUUACUGGCUUGGUCCUUGCACGGUUCUUUCUGGGAUUUGUAGAGGCGCCUUUCUUUCCUGGUGCGGUUAUGCUUAUGUCGAGUUGGUACACUAGACAGGAGCUCGGCCAUCGAAUUGCCUGGUUCUACGCCGGUAGUUCUCUAGCCAAUGCGUUUGGCGGCCUCAUCGGAGCAGGUGUACUAGGCAACCUGGAUGGCGUGCAUGGAAUAGCAGGAUGGCGAUGGCUGUUCAUCAUUGAAGGCUGCAUAACUGUUGGAAUAUCAGCAACAUCAACACUCCUCCUACCCAACUACCCGGCAACAACAACAUGGCUCGACGAGACCGAAAAGUCCUACGCCCAAUGGCGACUCAUCCACGAUGCCGGAGAAGCAGACGAAGCCACCUCGAGUGGCAUCAAGGAAGCGUUGAUGCUUGUGUUUGCAGACAAGCGUAUCUAUCUCUUCAUUCUGCUGCAGCAUACUUCGUUGCUUUCGCAGAAUUUUCAGUAUUUCUUCCCAACGAUUGUGCAGACACUGGGAUAUGGGAAUAUCGAGACACUCUUGAUCACUGCACCGGUAUGGAUUGUGACGUUUUUGGUGUCGCUUGUUGUUACCUGGACUUCUGGACGAAGUAAUGAUCGCGGAUUGCAUAUUAUUGCCUUGAUGAUAGUCAGUGUUGUGGGAUGUAUCAUCUGCACUGCGACUACGAAUAUCGGUGCUAGAUUCUUCGCCAUGUUUCUAAUGCCAAUGGGCGCAGUCUCAGCCUACCAAAUCAUCAUCGCAUGGAUCGCCAAUUCCUUCCCUCGACCACUCGUCAAACGAUCUGCUGCCAUUGCCACGGCCAAUAUGCUGGGAAACACAGCUUCGAUUUACGGGAGCUAUAUGUGGCCUUCAUCGUCAGGGCCACAAUAUAUCCCAGGUGGAAGUGCAACAGCGGCUGUGGCUCUUCUGGUGGCGAUUAUUGCUUUUAUAAUUAGGCUAGUUCAUAAGAGGAUGAACAAGCGGCUUGAUGAAACGAUGCCCGAGGUACAGGAUGACGAGGCGGAUAAUUUGGAGGCGAGAAAUAUGCGAUUUAAAUAUAUUCUAUAA